AUGGUCGAAGAUCUCGAGGUUUUCAAGGUGAUCGGGUUGAUCAAUACGGGCCUCACUUAUAUUACAAAUAUUCUGCUCAUUUAUGUAAUAGUUCGAUUUUCACCACGAGCCCUGGGCACCUAUCGCUACCUCGUCAUAACAUUUGCCGUUUUUGACAUUCUGUAUUCGACUAGUCAUGCGCUAUCAAAUCCGGUAGCCUACGUAUACCGCCACGCAUUUGUCAUUUUUGCCACCGGUCCUUUUACGGGUCAACUCGUAUCGCUGGGAUAUGGUGCCUUCUUCUUUGCCUUGUCGUUGAGCCUCCUUGCCGGGCAUUUCUUAUACAGAUAUCUACUAGUUUGUAGAGAAGAAUGGAUGUUCAUCUUCAACAACAAACGUUUCCUCCCCAUCCUGAUCUUCACCUGGCUGAGCACCGGCUUCGUCUGGGCCUUC